GAAAGGACCGAACGCAUAGCAUGCUGGGAAAAGGGAAAGAUUCGCCAUCUUGCUUGGACGAAUGGCUAGCUAGUUAGCGGCUUGUAAGAAUAAUCACGUUUCUGUGCAAAUAGACAUCUUAAACAUUGUUGCCUCAUCGCCUCGUACCGAGAUAGGCGUACCAAGUAGCAGGGUAUAUGCAUGCUAAAUCUGGUGCUAUUUAAGGCUCAAACAUCGUGAUUGAGAAGUAGUAACUUGAGGUCUGAAAAAGCGGUCAUGGGCCGUUCCAGGAGUCGUAGCUCUUCCCGCUCCAAACACUCGAAAAGCAGUAAGCACAAUAAGAAACGGAGUCGCUCCCGGUCGCGAUCCAGAGACAAGGAGAGGGCCAAAAAGCGAUCGAAGUCGCGGGAAGCAAAGAGGAACCGGCGCCGGGAAUCACGCUCACGCUCCCGGUCAGCCACAGCGUCCUCCCGCAGAGAGAGGGAACGGGAGAGAGCCGCUUCGCCUCCUGAAAGAAUUGACAUUUUCGGUCGGACGCUGAGCAAGAGGAGUGCCCUGGAUGAAAAACAGAAGAAGGAAGAUGAGGAGAAAAAGGCCGAAGUGGAGAGACAGAGGAAGAUCCGCCAGCAGGAGAUCGAGGAGAAGCUGAUCGAGGAGGAGACGGCGCGGCGCGUGGAGGAGCUGGUGGCCAAGCGGGUGGAGGAGGAGCUGGAGAAGCGCAAGGACGAGAUCGAGCGGGAGGUGCUGCGGAGGGUGGAGGAGGCCAAGCGCAUCAUGGAGAGGCAGCUGCUGGAGGAGCUGCAGAAGCAGAGGCAGGCUGAGCUGGCCGCGCAGACAGCCAGAGAGGAGGAAGAAAAAUCCAAACGGGAGGAACUGGAGAAGAUUUUGGAGGAGAAUAAUCGUAAGAUCGCUGAAGCUCAAGCCAAACUGGCUGAGGAGCAGUUGAAAAUAGUGGAGGAGCAGAGAAAGAUUCACGAGGAGCGGAUGAAAUUAGAGCAGGAGAGGCAGCGGCAGCAGAAGGAGGAACAGAAAAUGAUCCUGGGGAAGGGGAAGUCACGGCCCAAACUGUCCUUCUCUCUGAAGGCGGUGGAGUGACGCUCGCCCACCGCCCCCCCCCCCCCCCAAAGACCAACCCGCUCAGCGUAUGGUAGCUUCAUGUUGAAGUGUUCCUCGAAAAGUCUGGCUCGUCGUUCGUACUCCUCUGGGCUGCGCUCAGAAGUCUCUUCUGGGGAAAACGGAAAACGAGAGGAGGCGUACUGUCCUAAAACCCUGACUGUCCCCCCUGCUAACCCUAUGUGUCUCGUUAUUCAUUUUGAAACUUUUUUUGUUUUGUUUUAUUUUAUUUUUAACUCAACUUAGGAAACUUCCAUUCAGACUCCACCCAGUCUCUUAUCGUGGUUCAUAAUAAACUUCUUUUUUUUAAUGACCCUAGUUAAGUGGGGGAGUGAAAUGACACAAGACAUGUUGUAGUGUGAGAAGACGUGUAGUAACACAUUUAGUCAUGUGAGUAAAGGUUCUGAGUGCUGAUUGGGGAUUAGCCUGGGUCCAUGGUAAUGAGAGAGAGGCCAGGGUCUGGGAUAAAAGGGCUCCUCUGAAGACGUAGGGUGGCCGGUUACCCCGCACCUGAGGAUCUGAGAAAACUCACCAGCUGGUUUCCACAUCACUGUUGUGUGCAGUACUUCAGCUCAUUAGCAUCUGCUCUGUAGUCUGUUUUUAAACUAUAUAACCAUCAUUUUGGAUGGGGGGAAAAUGAACAAAGAACUUACUUUAUUCGACAUGUUUUACCUCGUGUUUUUGGGCCCAGGUUAAAUACUCAAGCAGAUGGCUUUGAGAUAACGAGCUUAGUGUGUGAUGCAUAAUAUUAUAGAAUCUGUGAACGUGUGCUGUCUGUAAGAUGGUGUAUGAAUCUUUAAAAAAAAAAAAAAAUAGAAAAAGGAAAAAAAAGUCCCUCAUACAAUUUACUAUUAUCUCUUUAAAAUGUUGAUUCUGAAGGCUGACCUGGUACAGGUAAGAUUGACUUGCUGCAUGUUUGCUGGGAGGGGGGUUGUGUGUGUCUGUGUAUGUGUGUUGGUGAAUGAGAGUGCGUGUGUGCGCGUGCAUGCGUGUGAGUGUUGAGAAGGGAGGGUGGGAAUAAAAAAUUAAGUCUUUUGUGGUCGAAAGUUUGAUAUAUUUCCUUCAUCCUGGAGACUGUACAAUUCACCAAUAAAAACCAUUGAAUGCG